AUUGGGUAAUGAAGCAAGCAGGUUGCAAUGUGCAGGUUUUAAAACUGAUGUAGCAGUUUCUUUAAGGUAAAGAGAAACAGAACCACAAGAUGCCUGAAGGUCCAUCUGUUAAGAAGUUCUACACUCUGGCCUCUCGUUCAGUGGGGAAGAAAAUACUUUAUGUUGAAGGAACAACAAAACAGAUCAACAAAGAUGAAUUAAAGGGAUUAAUCCUGUGCGACUGCAAGGUCCAUGGGAAGAACUUAUUCCUUGGAUUUUCUUCAGUGCCACCAUCUGAGGCAUUUUCUCUCCAACGUCAUGCAGGAGACAUGGAAGAAGGCACAUCCUCCCAAUUUUCUCAAAUAAUGACUAGCCAGAAAAGUGCACAUGCAUCAUCUGAAACAAGUGAACAAGAAUCAGGGUCUUCUAACACUGAUGGAGUUAAAUGUCUCAGCAAUAUCACAGAAGCGGAUAGCACUGUAACUCUGGUCUCAGGUGAGGCUCAGAAGUGGCUUUGUUUUCAUUUCUGGAUGUACGGCAGUGUCAGAGCCAACGAGCUUGCCAGGGCCAGUCAGGCAAACAAAAAGGGAGACUGGAAGGAUCCCAUACCAAGGUUGAUCCUUCGAUUUGACUCCAGUAACUUCCUGGUAUUUUACAACUGCCGUAUGCGCUGGACAGCUAGCCCUUAUUCUGAGCCCACCUCUGACAUCCUGCGUGAGGAGUUCAGCCACAAGCAAGCACUGGAGGCCCUACAAAGACCACAGCCAGUCUGCUACACGCUUAUGAACCAAAGGCACUUUUCUGGCUUAGGUAACAUUAUUAAGAAUGAGGCUUUGUACAUGGCUGGUGUUAACCCCAUGACACUAGGUUCUACACUCAGUACAGAAAAGCUGCAUACCGUCCUUCAGCAUGCCCUGCAGUUCAGUGCUGGCUGGUUGGAAAAGAAGUUGGAUAAGGGAAAAUUAAGUUACAAAAUAUAUAUGAAGGAGAAGUGUCCCCUAGGCCAUGAUCUACAGAAAGGGUCGCUAGGGCCGCCAAAAGGGUUGAAGAGACCAUCCUGGUGGUGCCCUGAAUGCCAGCCUCUGAUACCAGUCCCAGAAGAAGUGUUACAGUAAAGUACAAGAAUUCUGUAAUAGCUUUUGUUUAGCAACUUGUGUUACCUUUCAUUUCACAGUAGUAGGCUAUAAUGUACAUAUUUACAUAUUCCCUGUAAAGGAAAGCAGACACCAUAUCGUAAGAGGCAUUUGAACAAACUGUUUUCUAAAAGAAUAUAUUUCCCAUGUAUUUUAGUGAGCAAAGGCUUAUUGUUACCCAUUUGUCUGUUUAUAGAUAUAUGUAUGUAUAGGAACAGCCCCUUACAAUUACUUAUAUGGCUUAUACUGAGACCGUCAUUUAUCAUUAACCAUUAACCAUCUUUAAAAAACAGUAACUACACAAUCAUUCUUAGUUCCUCUUUAUGAGAACAGUUGAAUGUCACUAAAGCAACUGUAACUAUAUUAUCUUCCUCAUACCUGUUCUCAACAGUUAUUCCCCAGAAAAAAAAAACAUUGACUAAUUUAUCCAUAGUUUUUCCUUUAUAGUAGUGGACUAUGUCAUAUCUCUAUUCAGUGUCUCACUUCGUAGCAUCAGAGAUGGAUUAUUGACUUUUGUCUCCUUACAAGCAUUACAUUAUAUCAGCGUUUCCACUGUUUGAACAGCAGCUACUCAUUAACCACCAAUACUUUUCAAAAUUGACAAUUCUAAUUAUCUGCAUUCAUCAUACUGCAUGUUAACAAAAACAUAUUAUUUUGGGGUGCUGCUAUCAGCAUGUUUAAUAUGACAUACAGUUAUCCUGUAUUCAUGUACUCAGCACAGUGUGAAAACACAGAUUAUUAUUAAAAUAAAAACAAUAUGCUAAAAUAUCACAUAAAUUGCUGUCACAACAUAAUGUGAGUUUAUUUCACGUGAUAUACAUAAUCAAGCUUCAUUUGCAAGCAGAGCUCUUCCCUACAGAACUUUUUGUUAUUAACAGUAUUUAACUGACUUUCACUCCUGUAAUUUUGGUGUUUAUAUCACGGUCCAGAAGUGUUUUCUCAUCAUUGUGGUAUAGAAUGAAUUCAGGGAUUCUUCUUGUACCGUAGCUUAGAAGCAAAGCAGUGAAUAAUGUGAAUAUAUUCCUGGCUGUCACUGAACUGCUUGCAUAUAAGCUGCUUCUCUUUCAGUAACUCAACCUUCUUAUCACCUACCUCAAAACUAGCAUUGAUAGAGUGUGUAUUUCUAAUCCCAAGCUAUUAAACCUCAGAAAUGGAAAGCCAUAUAAUACAAGUGUCAGCCAAAGCUUCACGUGGUUUGCUGAAAUUAAUGUGAUUUAAUGUUAUCUGCUAAACAACCUCUCCUUGCAAUAUGGUGUCUACUGAUUAUAUAUUUUUUCUCUGGUAUUGUGUUAAUGGCUUGCAGUUAUAUACAGAGUUACAUUUUCACAGCUAAAUGUAUAGUUUUACCGAAUGACUUAUUGUUAACAAGUAUAUCUGGAAUAAGAAGAAACUUGUUUAUUUUCAGUUCUAUUUUUAUUAAUAUGCAUAUUUAUUUUCAGUCCAGAAUUCCAAGGGUUGCUAACCUUCACUAGAUACAGGUAGUUUAUUUCCCAUGUUUUCAAUGCAACCAGUGGUAAUAGAGUAGGUUGCCAGUAAAAAAAAAUAAAUGAAAAAUUAAACAGACUUGAAAGAUUAGUUAUUUUUUCUGAAAACUUAAUCUGUGCUGUGUUAUAUUUGACACAUUUUAUUUAUCAAUGUGAGCAUUUAUAACGUACUUAUAAAUACUUUAUAUGAAGACUUUGUGUUUAUACAUCUGGCAUUUGCACAUAUUAUUAGUAAAGGGUCAUUUUCUUUGUGAAUUUAUAGAUACAUGGCACAAAAGUAAGUAAAAAGUAAGAUUAUAUGCAUAAAUUUAUGAUGCAUAUUAUUGCCUGAUUCUUAGUAACACACUCUGUUUCUAGGUUAAAGUAAUAUGGUUCAUUUUAAGACUAUGUUGCAUAUUAAUGAUCUUUGUUAAAUAAACACUUAUUGUACACA